UUCAAAUGUCAAUAAUCUGUCACAAUCGACUCGUUCUCGUAAUUUGUGAAAUAACCUAUAAUACUAGUUGUGAUCUGGAAAUUAUUGAGUUUAAUUUUGAAAUAAACAAUUGAAACAAUGUCUCAAAAAGCUGCUUCAAAAAGCGCGAAGUCGAAAUCUACCGAAGAAGUAUUCUCUGGCUUUCAAAACCUACGGGCUGAACAACGCCAACUAGCUAACAAAAUAUCCGAGUUAGAAAUGGAUCUCAACGAGCACAAAAUAGUCAUUGAAACUCUUCGUGGAGUGGACAAAACACGAAAAUGUUUCCGAAUGGUGGGCGGUGUUUUAGUUGAACGCACGGUGGCUGAGGUUUUGCCUGAACUAGAAAGCAACUGUGAACAGUUGCCAAAAGCUCUUAAAGCAUUGGAAGAACAACUUACCAAAAAAGGUCGUGAGAUUAAUGAGUAUAUUGAAUGCCACGACAUUCGCCUUCAGCGAGUAGAUCGUCCUGCGGCUGAGGCUGCGCCAGAGCAGCCCUCCAAGUCCAAUGUGCUAGUGGCCAGUGGAUAAUUAUAAUUAUUGUAUUUAACAUCAAUUGCUAACAGUACUAAAACCUUUCUGUUUCAAUAUUUGGGACAGAAAUGUAUACUACUUGUUGCUUCAUCAAUUACACUCGUCUUUACAAUAUACCAGACAUCAAGAUGUGGGUAAAACAAGUAUUACACAAUGGUCCGGUGACUGAACGAGUGUAAGGUGGAGCUGAUGUGGUAAUUAAAGACUAAUGUAUCACAAUGUGCUUAUUAAUUACUACAGUAAACUGCUUGUGUUAAUUAUUGUAUUUACAUUUUGGUUGUAAAUAGGGUGAGGUCAAAAAUAUUAUAUUUCUGUUAACAUUAUAAGAAUUAAGCACUUUGGAAAUAAGUAAAAAUAUUUUCUUAUUUUGACUGCUGUUGCUGAUCGAUAUAUUGGCCAUGUUUUCAUUUGAGUUUACCCAAUAUUUAACUUCCUUAUAUGCAAUAAAAUUUAUUUUAAUAAAAUUAUUAGCAAAAAAACUUCAUGUGAAAUACUUAAAUAAAGAAGCUUUAAUGGUU